AUGCCUCUCGUCGCGGUGGCCUGGAUUCAUAGAUGGGACGUUCUCAACGUGGAUGCCGAGAAGCACCGUGACACGGCAGCGCUGGUGCGUUGGAAGCAGGUGUCCGAGUUAGUGUUCACUUCGAUCGCAAUGGCCAGGCACCCGGCAGUGGCGAUCAUGUUUCACAGCGGCCGUCGGCAUGGCAUAGAGGAGAUCUUGAAAGGUCGAAUCGAGCUGCCAGCACCGCGCCGCCCACUUCCGCUCGGGAGAAUGGCCGAGGUGGAGGUGCAGGAAGAGAUGCAGAGCAACGGGUUGGAGUGCCAAGGAAUGGGCUGCCAGGAGAUGCGAGCGAUGCUUAACGAGCAGCGGAUCGAGAACGGGCAGGGCCGAAGAGGGGUGCGAGUGGCAGAUCCGGAGCUUCGAGGUCUAGCCAAGAAACGCAAGGCGGAGCUCAUCCUGCUGGUCAAGAAGCACAACAUCAAGGUAAACGAGAGCACGAUCAAUGACAACACCGCGUGCUUGCUGUUGGGGCAGAUUCCGAAGGCAGCCGAGAGGCGGGAGAUCAAGGGCGAGGGGCGCAUGAAGCCUGGACAGAUCAAGCGCUGCAAUGACAUGCUCAAGAAGGCUGGCGGCUUCCUCGCGUGGCAGGCCAUGUUCGUCAGCGCGUUUUUGGUGAGGCCGCUAUGCUUAGAGGGCGAGAUCUACAACUGCAAUAUUCGAGCAGUUCAAGGUCGGCGCGCAGUGCUACAUAUGCACCGCUCUUUCAAGCCGAAGCUGCUUGCCCUGGAGCACCCUCCCACUCUGCGGACGCAGCGGGCAGGGUCAACUGCCGAUCUGCGUCGCAAGCGCAUCGCAGACCAACCUCUGCUGGACUCCGCGGAGGAGAAAGGAGUGACGAACAGUGGGCGGGGCAAAUUAUCCGCGAACCCCUGGACCUCGGAAGUGUUCGAGCAGCCGCAGGUCAAGCGCUCAAGGGGGCAUCCAAGAGCGAAGGAGGUGAAGGCCGACAUGCGCCAGUUCAACUUACGACAUCCGAAGCCUGAUGGGGAGAUCUGGAAGCCGACUAAGUUCCUGACCUCCAACGAUGCGCGCGUCAAGAAGUCGGGCAAGCAGCGUGGCGGAUAUCGCCAACAUCACCAACUGGAUGGAGCCCCUUACACGCGCGCAGCGGAACGCUGCACCCAGGAGUUCGGGGCGGCAGUUCUGCGGGCUUACCGGCGCCGCAACCGCAGCUACAUGGCGGAGUGCGGCGUCUACGCGACAGGAAACCUCAUGGACUUCAUGGGCGGAGAAUCCGACGAGUGGCUCUACUGCGAGAUCGUCGGUGAUUUCACAGGGUUGCCAGUGAAGUUACCAGGCGGGCCUCAUUGGGGUCGAGUUGGACGACGAAGGGUCGUAGACCUCGAGGCCGAUAUGGCAUUGCAGGGCUUCGAGAAGGCCGACGUCGCCACAGAGUG